AUGGCUUUCGUCGCAAACGGAAAUGAGUACGACUUCAUUGUCGUCGGUGGCGGCACUGCUGGCAAUGCAGUUGCCGGUCGUCUCGCCGAAAACCCUCAUGUUCGCGUCCUGGUCGUCGAGGCUGGUAUUCCCAACCCUGACCAAGUCCCCACCAUUACCACACCAUCCCAAGCAUUCAACCUCCGCGGUAGCAAGUAUGACUGGGGUUACAAAUCGACCAUGAUCAAGCGUGACGACUACGAGCGUGUCGAGAAACCCAACACUCGCGGCAAAGCUCUCGGUGGAUCAUCCUGCGGCAACUACUUCACCUGGAUCCCCGGUUCCAAGCCCACCUUUGAUGACUGGGAGGAGUUCGGCGGUUCAGAAUGGAACUGGGAUGGCUGCGUAGAUUACCUCCGAAAGUGCGCCACCUACCAUGACGAGAAGAAGCUAUACCCUGCUGAGCUCAAGAAGAUCGGCACAGGCGGCCCCAUCCAGAUCGAACAUGCGGAUUUGGUUCCUGAGAUGCAGCCUUUUCGCGAUGCUCUCACCGAGGCCUGGCUGUCCAAGGGCGAAGUCCUCACCGAGGACAUUUACGAGGGCGAGAUGCGAGGUCUCACUCACUGCGUUGACACUAUUCACGGUGGCCAGCGCCAGGGUAGCUUUCUGUACCUGAAGGACAAACCCAACGUCAGCAUCCUCUAUGGUGUUCAGUCCAAGCAGCUCAUUAUCGAUCCCGAGACUAACACAUGCCUUGGUGUCACUGUCAUCAACCCCGACACCAACGCUGAGCUUAGCGUCUAUGCUAGCCGGGAAGUCAUCCUUUCACAGGGUGUCUUUGAGACCCCGAAGUUGCUUAUGCUUUCUGGUGUUGGUCCCGCCGAAGAACUCAACAAGCACGGAAUCAACGUGAAGUUGAACUCGCCCCACGUCGGCCAGCAUCUUCUAGACCACCCUAUUGUGCCUUUUGUCCUCCAAAUCAAGGACGGCUAUGGCCUUGAUGAGUACAUCCUCCGCCAGGGGCCCAAGAACCAAGCUGCCGUCGCUCAGUAUGCCAAGGAUAAGACUGGUCCAGCGAGCUCUGGUUUCCUUGAGCUUGUCGGCUUCCCUCGAAUUGAUCAACGCCUUGAGAAGUAUGAAACUUACCGGCAAGCCAAGGCUGCCAAUGGCGGUCUCGACCCAUUCGGCCCUGCCGGUCAGCCUCACUUCGAGCUUGACUUUGUCGGCCUCUUUAGCUCUGCUUUCCAGUGGCACUACCCGGUUCCUGAGAGCGGCAACUACAUCACUGUCAUUGUUGAUUUGCUGCGUCCCCUAUCCGAGGGCGAGAUCACCUUGAACAAUGCUAGCCCUCUGGUGCAGCCCAACAUCAACCUCAACUUCUUCGGCAAUGACUUGGAUAUUCUUGCUAUGCGCGAGGGUGUCCGCUGGACCUACGAUCUCUUGACCAAUGGUUCUGGGUUCAAGGACAUCGUUGUUGCAGAGUAUCCUUGGAAGAUGCCCCUCGAAUCUGAUGAUGAAAUGAAACGUGCCGUCCUCGAUCGCAGCCAGACGGGUUUCCAUCCCUGUGGCACUGCCCGCCUCUCUAAGAGCAUCCAGCAGGGUGUCGUUGAUUCCAGGCUCCGCGUCCACGGUAUCAAGAAUCUCCGUAUCGCUGAUGCUUCGAUCAUCCCUGUCAUUCCUGACUGCCGCAUCCAGAACUCCGUCUACAUGAUUGGUGAGAAGACUGCCGAUAUGAUCAAGGCUGAUCACAAGGAUCUCUACGAGAAGAAGAACAUCCCGUACUUCUCCAGUCGUCUUUAG